AUGUCAUUCGAACUGAAUACGCGAGUCCUAUCCUAUACAAGCGCCAAGGAUCGUGUUAUACUCGGAAUAGCGUUCAUAUGCUCUAUCGGAUCUGGAGUGCUCUGUUUCCGUGUCAUCGGUCUUCGCGUCUCGGCUGCCUUGCGGCUGGAAUACAUGCAGUCACUUUUCACCCAACCAAUUACUAAACUCGAUCAAGUGUCGGUGGGCACGGUCACGAAUACCAUCUCGACCCUCUCCAAUUCGAUUCAGCAAAGCAUUUCGGAUAAGCUGGCAAUCCUAUUCCAAUCUCUGGCUCUCCUAGUUACAGCAUACAUCAUCGCCUUCAAAUACUCGUGGGCCUUGACUCUCGUGACCAGCGCUUCCCUUUUGUUCAUCCUCAUCGCUUGUAGUGUGACGAUCCCCAUUAUCACUAAGGUGCAACAGAAAGUUGACAAAGCCGAUGAGAAGCAUUCGUCAAUAGCAGCAGAAGUAUUCGGUUCUAUUCGAACUGUUGUUUCCCUCGGGGCGGAGGAACCUCUCAGAAAGAAAUAUGCCGUCUGGGUCGAAGAAGCCCGAAAGCGUGGACAGGGUAUGUCUAUUGCUAUGGGUGUCCAAUUUGCUCUUAUGUUCUUCGCAAUGUACUCGAGCUUUUCUUUAGCAUUCUGGUUUGGGCUGAAGUUGUACCGGGAGGGCCAUAUCGAGAAUAUCAACACAGUCAUCACGGUGUUUUUCUCCGUCAUGAUUGCAGUCACUGUUUUGGGAAAUAUUGCAACACCAUUGAUUAACGUCUCUAAGGCCUCCAGCGCCGCGACUUCAUUCUUCGAGAUGAUAGACUCCGAGAGGAUUGAGCUUGGCGGCCUCCGUGAUCCUGAUGUUUCAGCUCACGUGGACAUUGUUUUCCAAGAUGUUCAUUUCACGUAUCCCACGCGACCCGAUACCGCAGUUCUCAAGGGAUUGAAUGCCCGAUUCGAGAAAGGCAAGACCACCGCAUUAGUUGGUCCAUCAGGCUCGGGUAAGAGUACAAUUGUGGCUCUUGUUGAGCGAUGGUAUCAACUGGAGUCGAGUGAAGAGGACCAUAGCCGAGGAACCAUCUCCGUGGGUGAACACAAUAUCAAUAGCCUGGAUAUAAAAUGGUGGAGAUCCCAGAUCGGACUGGUUCAGCAGGAGCCCUUCCUUUUCAACGACACGAUUUUCAAUAAUGUCUCGUUCGGCCUGAUCGGAACGAAAUGGGAAAACGAAACUGAAGCGGUGAAAAGAGAGAUGGUGGAGAAGGCCUGUAGAGAGGCAUUUGCGGAGGAAUUCAUUAAACGCUUGCCAAAGGGCUAUCGGACUAUAGUGGGCGAAAAUGGCACCAAAUUGAGUGGUGGCCAAAGGCAACGUCUUGCAAUUGCCCGAAGCAUCGUGAAAGAGCCCACCAUUUUGAUUUUAGACGAAGCAACAAGUGCAAUCGAUGUCCGUGGCGAGAAGAUUGUGCAAGCCGCUCUUGAACAGGUUUCGAAAAACCGCACUACUAUCGUGAUCGCCCACCGGCUAUCGACUAUUCGACAAGCAGAUCACAUUGUUGUAAUGAAAGGCGGUGUUAAUGUCGAGCAAGGAACACACGACGGGCUUUUAGCAGAUGAAAAAGGUGUUUACCAUGACCUUGUCCAUGCCCAAAAACUUGAGCUCUUGGCAGAAGACGAGACCAAUGAGAGCGAAAUUCCUCAUGAGUUGAAAGAAGAGGUCCAGUUGGCACAUUUUGCUCUCGAUGACAAACAACAGGUGGAGGAAGAGAAUAAGAAAGACAAAAGUCGGGGUUUCUUUAGUAGCAUCGGUCUGCUUCUAUAUGAGCAACGUGCAAAUUGGCCUUUUUACCUUACGACUAUAUUUGGCGCAGUUGGUGCAGGAGCCGCCUUCCCGCUUCAGAGCUGGCUCUUCGCAAAACUUAUCCAUGUUUUCCAAUUAACUGGUCGACAGCUUGCUGAUGCCGCCAACUUCUGGGCGUUGAUGUUCUUCAUCCUUGCCCUAGGGGUCGCUCUUAGCUACAGCAUCGUCGGAUACUCUUCAAACUCGCUUUCAGUGAGGAUUGGUUCGUCCUGCAGGAAGGAGUAUUUUCAGAGCAUACUAGAGAAACCUAUACCAUUCUAUGAUAUAAAUGAGAAUGCGUCUGGGUCUCUGAUUUCUCGCCUCGCAACUGACCCAAAGCAAGUCCAAGAUUUACUGGGAAUGAAUGGAAUAUUCCCGGUUAUCUCCGUAUUCAGCAUGAUUGGUUGUAUUGCAAUUGCGUUCUCGUUCGGUUGGAAACUCAGCCUCGUGGCUGUCUUUGCAGCUCUACCAUGCACCUUCCUAGCUGCCUUUAUGCGCAUCAGAUACGAAUUGCAGUUUGAAGCAAUGAACGCAGCAGUGUAUUCUGGGAGCUCACAGUUUGCAGCGGAAGCUAUUGAGGCUUUUCGAACAGUAUCGGCAUUGACGAUGGAAGACGCAAUUCUUGAUCGCUACGCCGAUCUAUUGCGACAGCAACAAACCAAGGCUUUCAGGAAAGCAUGGUACGCGACGCUGAUAUUUGCGUUCUCCGAUAGUGUUGAGCUAUGUGCGAUGGCCCUAACGUUCUGGUACGGUGGUCAGCUACUCGCGUCCAGAGAGUACCAGCCAACCUCAUUCUUUGUCAUUUACAUGGCCAUCAUACAGGGAGGGCAGUCAGCCGGUCAAUUCCUUAGUUUUGGACCGAACAUGGCGCAAGCCACCGCAUCGGCUAACCGGGUGCUGAGCCUACGAUCAAAUUCAUCUACAAAGGUUGCCGCCAGCAUGGGACAGAAACAACUCGCCCAUUUUGCUUCACAAUCUGGAGCUAGUAUCGAAUUCUGCGACGUUGCUUUUAAGUAUGCAUCUCAAGAUGUUCCUCUUUUCACAGGACUCAAUGUUAGUAUCGAAAGCGGACAGUUCGUUGCCUUUGUUGGACCUUCUGGUUGCGGAAAGACAACUGUGAUAUCUCUCUUAGAACGGUUCUAUGACCCUUUCCAAGGCACGAUAUCCCUGAAUGGCCAAGAUAUCCGUUCCUUGGAAAAAUCGUCUUAUCGCAGAGCGCUGUCUUUAGUGGCUCAAGAACCAAGACUCUUUGAGGGAACAAUUCAUGAGAAUAUCACUCUUGGACUGGAUAAAUCUGACUUCACGGAGAAUGAGAUAAUCCAAGCUUGCAAAGACGCUGAGAUACAUGACUUUAUUACGUCGCUGCCCGAGGGCUAUUCCACCGAGCUGGGUAUUAAAGCACAGACAGCUCUCAGUGGAGGCCAGAGGCAGCGGCUAUGUAUUGCGCGUGCACUGCUACGAAAGCCGUCAUUGCUUCUUUUGGAUGAGGCAACUUCGAGUCUGGAUUCGCAAUCAGAAAAGGUAGUACAAGGGGCUCUCGAACGCCUGGCGGGAAAGAGAAGCAUGACAAUCGUCGCGGUCGCGCACCGACUUGCUACUAUCCAGAAAGCUGAUAUGAUCUUUGUCUUCGGCGAGAGCGAGGCUGGCCAUGGAUCCCGAAUCGUGGAGCAGGGCACCCAUCAAGAAUUGCUUCGGACUAAAGGGACCUACUGGCAGAUGUGUCAGGAAAACGCCCUGGAUAGGUGA